GAAAAAAAAAAAAGCUUAUCAUUCACCUUUGUUCUUCCUAAUGCCCCAAGUGAAGGAUCUCCAUAGGAAGGUCUGAAUAAGAAGAACAGCUGCCCACUACUGUGGUCAUAUGAUGGAAGGAGGGAGUGAAUGAGGAGAAACGAGCAGGAUUACAUCCUGUGAGAGAGCCUACCUCAUAUUCUGCAUUAAUUGAAUGCCUGGAAGAGAGAAGAGACAUGAGAGGAAAGCUUUUUUGUGCCAACUGCUUCAAGAGGUAUUGCAAUUAACCCUCUGGCCAACAUAAAAUAAUACCUGGCUUUUGUUGUUCUCCGAUCGCCGGGGCUUGGUCGUGUGCUGCUGAUGCGCUCUUGGGCUGUGGUCAUGUAUAAGCCUCUGGCAUGCAGACCGGAUCGGACCGGCAGUCAGAGAAAAAGCUUGACUCAGUUUCUGCUGCUGCUGCUGCUGCUUCUCUUCGGCUCCCUGAAGGCCGCUCAGGCUGCCAAACCCAAAGGGCCGGGACACACACAUUUGAACUCCAUCCGCAUUGACGGAGAUAUCUCCUUAGGUGGUCUCUUCCCAGUACACGCCAGGGGCCAUGAUGGAAAGCCGUGCGGGGAGCUGAAGAAGGAGAAGGGUAUACACAGACUAGAAGCCAUGCUCUUCGCCCUUGACCGCAUCAAUAAUGACAACAAUCUGCUGCCUAACAUCACACUGGGAGCGCGGAUCCUGGACACCUGUUCCAGGGACACUCACGCCUUGGAGCAGUCGCUCACCUUCGUGCAGGCUCUGAUCGAGAAGGACGGGACGGACGUCAAGUGUCUGGGCGGGGGGGCGCCCAUCAUCACCAAACCCGAGAGGGUGGUUGGGGUCAUCGGAGCCUCCUCCAGCUCCGUUUCCAUCAUGGUGGCCAACAUACUCCGCCUCUUUAAGAUACCCCAGGUGAGCUACGCCUCCACUGCUCCGGAGCUCAGUGACAACACCCGCUACGACUUCUUCUCCCGCGUGGUGCCUCCAGACACGUACCAAGCCCAGGCCAUGGUAGACAUUGUCAAAGCUAUGCGCUGGAACUACGUGUCCACGGUGGCCUCGGAGGGAAACUACGGAGAAAGCGGCGUCGAUGCCUUCAUCCAGAGGUCUCGGGAGGACGGUGGUGUUUGCAUCUCCCAGUCAGUCAAGAUUCCCCGGGAGCCGAAGCCGGGGGAGUUUGACAAGGUCAUCCGGCGGCUCAGAGAAAAUCCAAAUGCUAGAGUUGUCAUACUUUUCGCCAACGAAGACGAUAUCAGGCGGCUACUCCACGCGGCGAAAAAGGCCAACCAGACAGGUCAUUUCAUCUGGGUGGGUUCGGACAGCUGGGGCUCAAAGAUCUCUCCGGUCGUGCAGCAGGAGGAGAUGGCAGAGGGAGCAGUCACCAUCUUGCCCAAGCGGCAGUCCAUCAAAGGGUUUGAUCGUUACUUCAUCAGCCGCACGCUGGAGAACAACAGAAGGAAUAUCUGGUUUGCCGAGUUCUGGGAGAACAACUUCAACUGCAAACUCAGCCGUCACGCGGUGAAGAAAGGGUCCGGGCUCAAAAAGUGCACAAAUCAGGAGCGAAUAGGGAAGGACUCCCAUUACGAGCAGGAGGGGAAGGUGCAGUUCGUUAUCGACGCGGUCUACUCGAUGGCUCACGCCUUGCACAACAUGCACCAGGAGCUCUGCCCCGGCAAGGUGGGCCUCUGCGCCAGGAUGGACCCCAUCAACGGCACUCAUCUGCUCAAGCACAUCCGCCGCCUCAACUUCGCAGGCAUAGCUGGGAACCCGGUGCUUUUCAACGAGAACGGAGAUGCUCCCGGACGCUACGAGAUCUACCAGUACCAGAUCAGAAACCGAACGGCGGAAUACAAGAUCAUCGGACACUGGACUGAUCAGCUCCAUCUAAAUGUCCGCACGAUGCAGUGGCCCGGCGGUGUCCGUCAGAUCCCUUCCUCAAUCUGCAGCCAUCCCUGUCAGGCCGGCGAGCGUAAAAAGAUUGUGAAGGGCAUUCCUUGCUGUUGGCACUGCGAGCGCUGCGAUGGCUAUCACUACCAGGCCGACACUUACACGUGUAAGAUGUGUCGCUUUGAUUUGCGGCCCAAUGAGAAUCACACGGGCUGCGUUCCCAUCCCCAUUGUCAAGCUGGAAUGGAGCUCUCCGUGGGCAGUCAUCCCCGUGCUCAUCGCUGUCGUUGGCAUCAUGGCCACUCUGUUUGUGGUGGUCACCUUCGUCCGCUACAAUGACACUCCAAUUGUGAAGGCAUCGGGGCGAGAGCUCAGCUACGUGUUGCUCACUGGCAUCUUCCUCUGUUACGCCACCACGUUCCUGAUGAUUUCGGCUCCGGAUGUAGGAAUUUGCUCCCUUCGCAGGAUCUUUCUUGGCCUGGGUAUGAGCAUCAGUUAUGCCGCUCUGCUCACCAAAACCAAUCGUAUUUACCGCAUCUUUGAGCAGGGCACUAUGUCUGUGAGCGCUCCCCGGUUCAUUUCUCCAGCCUCGCAGCUCGUUAUCACGUUCACACUGGCCUCAGUGCAGCUUCUAGGCGUGUGCAUCUGGUUUGGCGUGGAUCCCUCCAAGGCCAUCAUUGACUACGAAGACCAGAGGACAUCAAACCCGGUGCUCGCUCGCGGGGUGCUCAAGUGUGACAUCUCUGACCUGUCACUCAUCUGCCUGCUGGGCUACAGCAUGCUGCUCAUGGUCACCUGCACGGUGUACGCCAUCAAAACCAGAGGGGUGCCGGAGACCUUCAACGAGGCCAAGCCCAUUGGUUUCACCAUGUACACCACCUGCAUUAUUUGGCUAGCAUUCAUCCCAAUCUUCUUUGGCACGUCGCAGUCCACAGAAAAGAUGUACAUCCAAACCACCACGCUGACCAUCUCCGUGAGCCUGAGUGCGUCAGUGUCCCUCGGGCUGCUCUACAUGCCAAAGGUCUACGUGGUCCUCUUCCACCCCGAGCAGAACGUGCCCAAGCGCACACGCAGCCUCAAGGCCGUGGUCACCGCCGCCACCAUGUCCAACAAGUUCAACCCCAAGGCCGGACUCAGACCCAACGGAGAGGCCAAGACGGAGCUGUGCGAGAGCCUGGAAACACAAUCUUUCUCGACAAAGCAAACCUACAUCAGCUACAGCAACCAUGCAAUCUAAGGGACAAAGGUUCUUAUCACAAUUUGGGAUUUUCACCCCGGCAGUGAAAGAUGAAGAAGAAAAAGGAGGAAAAAAAAAAAAAACAACAACAACAAAAAUGGAAUUUGGAAUCUCACGCAGCUGGCAAAAAUACAUACAUGAAUAAAAAUGGAUGUGGGAGUGUGCGGGUGGAUUUCACGUGACCAUUGCCCAAAGACGUGACACGACGCGGAGGGAACACGGUGACGGGCGGCGGCGGACAAUACCAGGGACCAGAACAGAUAAAGACCCAUCUACUGUCUGCCUCACAAGAAUACACACAAAAGAAGAAAAAUGAGAAAUCCUUGUACGGCUGCGGCUGAGAGACUGAAGGACGGAGCUUCUCCUUUAGAGUGUUUACAUUCCUGUAAUGCCCUCUUUCAUGGACUUCACCGGCAUCCUGAGCAGAACUGACUGAAUUCAAGGAAAUAUUCAGGUGUUCUUGAUGUUGUCCGCAAGUUUUACAAACGAUAAUUAAUCUCGAAUUGUUGAGGCAUCACAAGGAUUAAGACAACACCAAAAAGGCAUGAAAAUACAGUCCGUGGUGUGGAGUUAAAAAAAAAAUACAAACAAAAAAAAUAAAAACAAGGGAGGGCUUGUAUUUGUUUUUGUUUCUAAAUGUAUUCUGGUCUCAUGAUGACAGGAAAUGUUGAUCAUCUCCGGACCAAAUGCAACAGAAACUUACCAGACACAACCUAUUUUUGUCUCCUCCUCUGGGAUCCCACUGAGUUCACAAUACUGACUUUGUGUGUGAGAUGGUCUUUGCCGAUUUUGAGCAUGCCAGUUUCAACAUCCUGUGUUGUGUUGUUAAAAAAUAAAUGAA